UCUGCUCUAUCCUCUCAUUGAAACUUUCGCGGCAAACAACGAGGGAAGACGGUGCGCAUCUCCAAUUUUCUUGCUCUCCAUAACUUCCAGUUUCCCACUUUCCAUCACUUUCUCUCCAUCCAAACAUGAACGCCACCGCAUUUACAACAACAACACUCCCUCAUUUCUCCUCCGCCCGCUCCGCCGCCGCCGAGUCAUCGUCAAACCGCCAAUUCCACAACCCUGUACCCGCCAAAUUGAAACUCGACACCCAAGACAACAACAUAAAUUUCUUGUCCAUCAAAUGCAUCCCCAGUCGAGGAAUUCGAAUCCCGAACGCGUUGGCUCUGACGGCGACGCAGGCUCGGCCGUCGAAGCCCACGGAGCAGGUGGCCGACAAGCUGAAACGCCUCGUUUUGGAAUUCAAGUCUCUGUCGGAGCCAAUUGACCGCGUGAAGCGGCUACUACACUACGCGGCGAGGCUCCCGCCGCACAGUGAGUGUGCGCGGAAGCCGGAGAGCCGGGUCCAGGGGUGCUCGACGCAGGUGUGGGUGGAGGCAGAGAUGGACGAGGUGGGGAGGAUGAGGUUCCGGGCGGACAGCGACUCGGAGAUCGCAAAGGGGUUCUGCUCGUGCCUGAUGUGGUUGCUGGACGGCGCGGAGGCGCGUGAGGUUCUGGCGGUGGAGGCGCGGGAUUUGGACGACGUGAAUGUGGGGGUGUACGGGAAGGUCAAUUCGAGAGUGAACACGUGGCACAGCGUGCUGCUGGCGAUGCAGAGGAAGACUCAGGCUUUGGUGGCGGAGCGAGAGCAGGGGAUGCGGGGUGCUAAUUCUUUCCUUGACGAGGUCAAUGGUUAAGCCAUCACUAUUUUGUUUUUGGUAAGCGAUAUUGGCGCGAAAGGGUAAAUCGACUUGGUGAGACGAUAGUUGAAUUCUGGACUUUGGAUGCAAAGUAAUUGAGAUACAAGUCCCUCAAUAGUUUUGGUGACUUGUGAAUUAAGUUAGCUGAAUUUGAAGCAUAUUAUUAUGUGUUAGUGAAAUAUGGUGCGUCGAAACAAAUUUAGGCUUCUCACACAUCCCUUGAUAAUUUAUGUCUGUUGAUCUUCUUCAAUUCAUUCGAUCUGACAGUCGAAAAUUAAAAAUAUAUGUGAGAAGUAAAAUGAGAUGUGUGGAUAUCACACCCCAUAUAUUGUGUAGUAUUGGAAUAUGGGCGCGGAGUUGCUGAUGUCGGGAAGUACGGUUUUUUGAAAAAUAGGGGAAUAUAUGUGAAGUUGGAAGGUGUUUAGUGGAAUAAUGUUUGUUGUUUUCAAAAAAGAAGCAAUGAAAAUAAUUUGGUUUGUAGA